UUCCGGGGGACCUCUUUUACUGUAACACCGGAAACCCUAAGGGACCGUGUCAAACUCCACCGCUGCUUCGUCGGGCGCAGGGGAAGUAGGCUGCGUGUGACUGGACCUCCGCACUGGAAGUUUGCAGACGGUUUCUGGACCUGGAGGCGGGGCAGUCACCUGCUGUGUCCGGAAGUGGCUGUGCACACACGCAAUGGAGUCUACAGGUUACAGGGGGUCUUCAUAGUUGUGUGUCAUGUCGGGCGGAGGCGCUGCGCCAUCUUAUUCCUGCGCCUGUUUCUUCACUGAUAACAUCUUCAUAGAGGAAUACCAGCUUCAUGUCAGGUUUACAGACGUGCAGCAGUUCACCAGGGACUAUCAGGAGGCAUUACAAAGCAGAGGAUGUCAUGGCGCCGAGAAGUUUGCACAUUUACUGGAAACGGUUAAGAAAGAGGUACAGAGACGAAUGACAUUGGCAGAAGAAUCAAUUCGAAGAAAGGCAGAAAUUUCACUUUAUUAUAAACCAUUACACCCAGAAGUAUAUGUUCUGCAGGAGUGUUUUUUAACUGAAGAAUUUUUGGAAGCUUUUCGUUUUUGUGAGUCUCCUAAUGCAAGUUUGGAAGGUCUCUUAAACCAUCUGUAUUCAAUCCCAGGUAAAAGGAUAUAUAGUUUCCCUAUAUUUGUUCCUCAGUUCUGCAGAGACUUUGUGGAAGAACUUGAACACUUUGAGAAAUCACACUUGGAAAAGGGACGGCCAAAUACAAUGAAUAACUACGGGGUCCUUCUGAAUGAGCUUAGUUUAGAUGAGUCCUUUGCUACUCCUCUUCGUGAGAAAUAUCUGCGUCCCCUUGCCUCUGUUUUAUAUCCAGACUGGGGUGGGGGCUGCUUGGAUAGUCACAAAGCUUUCGUCGUACAGUAUUCUGUGGAUAAAGACUUGGAUUUGAGUUGCCACUAUGACAACUCUGAGGUCACUCUGAAUGUUUCACUAGGAAAAGAGUUCACUGAUGGAAACCUGUAUUUUUCUGACAUGAGAGAGGUGCCAUCCAAUGAGAGAAGAUAUACUGAGGUUGAACAUACCAUUGGCCAUGGAAUACUUCACCGAGGUCAGCAAGUUCAUGGAGCGCUUCCCAUUACUUCUGGGGAAAGAUGGAAUCUUAUAAUAUGGAUGAGAGCAUCAUCCAUACGCAAUAAACUGUGUCCCAUGUGUAACAAGGAACCCCAACUGGUAGAGGCAGUGGGAGAAGGAGAUGGGUUUACAAUGAUAAAAAAGGAAGACGGAGGAGAAACUGUGGAUGUUUGCACUGUAAUCUAAACAUGUAGAAAAAGUAAAAAUAUUAAUGUAACAUUUUAAUUUUACAUUUACAUCUUAAAAUAAUCUAAAUGCACUUUUUAAAAACAAAUUAAUAAAGAGGAGGUCCACCUUUGAAACAU